UUUCCCUCCCACGAGCGGCGGCUGUACGUGUUCGCCUGCCGCAGGGCGACGUGCCGAAGAAAGGCUGGAAGCGUUCGCGCGCUGCGAGGUGUGAGGGCGUGGAAAGACGGCGCUGCCGAGACAACGGCCGAGACCGAGAAGAAGAAGAAGACGCCUGAGAUGAAGAGCGAGCCAGAGGAGGAGAAGAAGAAGGAGGAGGAUGGGCCCGGGCUCGGCGAGUCUCUGUUUGGAGCGAAGCCUUUGGGGCAGGCAGGCGGGAAUCCGUUUUCGAGCGGCGCGAAUCCCUUCAGCUCGGGGUCGAGCAAUCCUUUCAGCACCUCUUCGUCCAACCCGUUUUCGAGCCAGCCGGCCAAGCCUGCUGCUGCUGCUGCUGCUGCCCCAGCCGAAAAGCCUGUCGCUGCCUCUGCCUCAGCAGCUGCAACGAACCUUUCCAAGACGUUUGCCGAGACGCUUGCCCUUAACACCACGCCCGCGGGCCCUCCCCCUCCCCCCGAGCCAUGGCCGGAAACAUCGGCGCAGCCAACCCCUUACCCGACACUGUACCUCGCCGACGCCGACUACGAGACGCUGGAUCCCGCGUCGACGACCAAGCUGCCGGCCAACGUGACCAUUGCCGACUCCGACGCCCCGGAGCCCUCGGCGCUCGACCGCGAAGCCUUUGAGUCCGCCAUGGACGCCACCUUCCAGAAGUUCGCCGACCGGAUGGCCCAGAACCCGGAGCAGUGCAUCCGCUACGAGUUUGGCGGCACUCCCUUGCUGUACUCCAAGUCGGACGCGGUGGGCGAGCUGCUGACGAAGCGGACGAUGCCCGGGUGCGCCAACUGCGGCGGCCGGCGGACGUUUGAGGUGCAGCUGACGCCGAACGCGAUCACGGAGCUGGAGGAGGGGGAUCUGAGCUUGGACGGGAUGGAGUGGGGGACGAUUAUCGUGGGGGUGUGCGAGAGGGAUUGUUUGCCGAGGGGGGUGGGCGUUGAGGAGGCGGGUUAUUUGGAGGAGUGGGCGGGUGUGCAGUGGGAGGAGCUGUCUAAGGGCAAAUAA